AUGGCAGAUCUUGUUCCCGUUCCUAAUCCACAAACAAAUCCUUUGUUCUUGCAUCCGAAUGAAAGUCCAGCUUUAGUUUUGGUUUCACCACUCUUAAAUGGUGAAAACUAUCACUCAUGGGCUCGAGGGAUGAAAAUGGCUUUAAUUUCCAAAAACAAGCUCGGUUUCAUCGAUGGAAGCAUUCCUCCACCAAAUCCAGACAAACCUACGUUUGCUGCUUGGCAACGAUGUGAUACGAUGGUGAUGGCGUGGAUUCAAAAAUCCAUAUCAACGUCCAUAGUGAAAUCAAUCAUAUGGAUAGAACUUGCUCGUGAUACCUGGUUGGAUUUACAAGAACGAUUUUCUCAAGGAGAUGUGUUUCGAAUCUCAGAUCUAAUGGAAGAGGCUUUUCGAUUGCAUCAGGGAGACAGAUCUGUUGUUGAUUAUUAUACACACCUCAAAACAGUUUGGAACGAGUUAGACAAUCUCAAACCUCUCCCUAAUUGCAUCUGUGUUGUUCCAUGUGUGUGUGGAGCAAUCACCAGAAUGAGAGAGUAUCGAGAGCAAGAGCAAGUUAUACGGUUCUUGAGAGGAUUAACCGAUCAAUUUGCAUUUUCAUCAGUUUUCAAUGUCACAAACCGAAGAGGAGGUCCUAGUUAUGGAGGCCAACACGGUCCUAGUUAUGGAGGCAUGCACGGUCCUAGUUAUGGAGGCCAGAAUGGAGGCCGAUUUACUGGCACAUUCAAUGGCAGAGGAAAAGGUCGAAGUUUUGGAGGCAGAUCUCAACCUAACCGCAUAUGCACUCAUUGUGGCAGAAGCAAUCAUACAAUUGAGACAUGUUAUCAGCUACAUGGGUUUCCACCAAGCUACCGCGCAAGCACUAGAACUUCCAACACAAAUGCUGCAAGCACAGAUUCUAACAACUUCCAUCAAGAUGUUUCGGUUGCCUCACAAUCAGAACCGUACAUGCACAUGACCGAAAGUGAGUAUCACCAAUUGAUGGAACUUCUGCAUCAGUCUCCCCCUACUGGUCCUCUUACUGCACUUGCAACAAAUCAUGUGAGCAAUAUGGCCCAAGUUUCCAGCAUAAACACAGCAGAAAGAAACGACAUAUCAGGUAGCCCAAAUACUCAAUGGAUUGUGGACACAGGUGCAACAGACCACAUUACACAUUCUAUUUCUGCUUUUGCUUCAAUUCAUGCUAUUACUCCUCUUUCAGUAAUUCUCCCAAGUGGUUCUCAAGUUUAUGCUCAUUAUUCAGGCACCAUUCACUUAACAUCCGAUUUAAUUCUCCAUGACACACUCUAUAUCCCACAAUUUCAUGUCAAUCUGAUUUCUGUAUCAAAACUCAUCACAACCCUUAACUGUUCACUCACCUUUGAUUCUGCACUAUGCUUCAUCAAACAGAUCCCAUCAUAG